CCGUCUCCAUCAUCGCCAUUUUGAAGCAGUGUUCCGAGGGAGGAAAAAACAAAAAAGCUUUCAGCAACGCCGGUCCGAGAGAAGCGAGAAGACGUGGCGGGGAGCGGCCUGUCCCGCGGAGGACUCGGCAGCUUGUAAAUAUAUAUAUAAAAAAAGAGUCCUUUUGGCACCUUAGAGACUAACAAAUGUAUUUGGACAUAAGCUUUCAUGGGCUAGAACUCACUUCAUCAGAUGUAUGAAGUAAAAGAUACAGGAGCAGAUAUUAUGGAAGAGGGAAGCAGUAUUGCAGUAUUGGUGCCAAAUAUUGGGGAACAGGAAGCUGUACUGAUUUCUGAAACAGUCAUUGGCUCAACACUGGAAAGCAGUGAAGAUCAUAGAAAAUGUAAAACUGAUCCUCUAAUCCAUGUUAUCCAAAAAUUAAGCAAGAUAGUAGAAAGUGAGAAGUCACAGAGAUGCCUUUUAAUAGGGAAAAAACGUUCCCAUCCUAAUGCUUCUACACCAUCUUUUGAAACACAAGAAAUUUGUGAGAUCCCGGCUAAAACAAUGGAGCUGCCUGUUAUUGACAUUAAAAAGACUGAUGAGCUACAAGCAGAUUAUGUAACCAAUUGUCUUCCACAAAGUAAAAGAAAGGUUAUAUGCUACCAGUGUAGCCUAUGUAAAUUUCUAUCACCAUCUCUUUCUAUACUACAGGAACAUAUAAAACAACAUAGUCAACAGAAUGAAGUGAUAUUAAUGUGCUCAGAGUGCCAUUUUGCUUCUAAAAAGCAAGAAGAACUUGAAGUUCAUAUCAGAAUUCACCAUGAGAAUGAUGGCAAAAAACAGUCAAAAGUGCAACAAUGUGUAAAUCUCUCAACUUCAUCUUUGCAAGGGUCAGUGGGAGGAAAUGUCAAAGCAGGCACUGAUCAGGCAGUGCAUCUGGACUGUAAAGGCAUAAUUCAAUCUACUCCUAUAGCUGAAAUGGGUAGGAGAAAAUGGUAUACUUAUGAGCAGUAUGGCAUGUAUCGGUGCUUAAUUUGUAGCUACACUUGUGGUCAGCAAAGAAUGUUGAAAACCCAUGCAUGGAAACAUGCAGGUGAGGUUGAUUGUUCCUAUCCUAUAUUUGAAGAAGAAAAUGAGCCUACUAGCUUGUCAGAUGCAACCAUAACUCAUACGCCUCAUAGUGUGGAUACAAUUGUUCUCUCUCUAGAAAAUAAUGAACUAGACAUCCAUAGUGACCAUUCGCUUCAACUCCAGAUUUGUACUUCUGAGCAACUGUCAUGUAAAUCUCCACCAGUGGUAGAAAAUGUAAAAGAGGAAGAGGUCCUAAGUCAAUCAACAGCCCUUUCCCCUACUGGAGAACUGUUAGAGGAAACCGUAUCGGAUACAGAUACAGAGCAAGAUAAUUUGAUAACUGAUAGCCUACUUUCAUCAGCACAGAAAAUCAUUAACUGUAGCCCAAAUAAGAAAGGUCAUGUUAAUGUAAUAGUAGAGCGCUUGCCAAGUGCUGAAGAAACUGUUUUACAGAAACCUUUCCUAAUGAACACUGACAUUGAAGCUGAGAAAAAAUUAAUUUCAGAGGAAUCCCAGGUUGUGUGUGAAGGAUCUGGUGAAGUUUAUCACUCAGAUGAAAUUGAAGAAGUAAUAAUAGGAUGGAGCAAUACUGAGAAGAAAGAUAAUGAUUUAAUCUCUAAUAAAGGCAUAGCAGCUGAUGAAAAUGCCCCUCCUGUGCGAAGAAGAACAAAUUCGGAGUCUCUAAGACUGCACUCGUUAGCUGCAGAAGCUCUUGUUACAAUGCCUAUCAGAGCUGCAGAACUAACAAGAUCCAGCUUUAGGGCCUUCAGUGCAGUAAACUCUUUAGAUGCAGAUACAGGACAAAGACAGACGGAUGGCACUUGUGCAGCCCAUUCUAAAAUGGUAUCGUCACUUAAAAACCCUCCAGAGGGGUUAACUAGUUUAAACCAAAGUGACUGUGCAAUAAUGGAGCUACAGAAGGACAAACCAGAGCUAUCAGAAGCACCAAUUAAAAUGGGCAUUAGUAUGUCACUGCUCACAGUAAUUGAAAAAUUGAGAGAAAGGACAGAUCAGAAUGCUUCUGAUGAUGACAUUUUGAAAGAAUUACAGGACAACGCACAAUGUCAACCUGUGAAUGACAUGAACAUGCCAGGAAGUAACCUGGUAGAGUACAUACCCAAUGUAGAUCGACCAUACCGCUGUCGCCUAUGCCAUUAUAGCAGUGGCAAUAAGGGCUACAUAAAACAACACUUGAGAGUCCAUCGUCAAAGGCAACCAUAUCAGUGUCCUAUCUGUGAGCACAUAGCUGACAAUAGUAAAGAUUUAGAAAGCCACAUGAUCAACCAUUGCAAAACCAGAAUGUAUCAAUGUAAGCAAUGUGAAGAAUCCUUUCAUUAUAAGAGUCAGCUGCGAAAUCAUGAGAGAGAGCAACAUAGUCUUCCAGAUCUGCUCUCAACAGCAACAUCUAACAAACUAAUAGUUUCCAGUGAGGCAGAUGAAAGAGAAGGGAAUAAGCCUUCAGUCCAGAAACUCUAUAGAUGUGAUGUGUGUGACUACACAAGCACAACAUAUGUUGGGGUACGAAAUCACAGACGGAUUCAUAACUCUGAUAAGCCAUACAGAUGUCGAGUAUGUGACUUCGCCACAACAAAUAUGAAUAGUUUGAAAUGUCAUAUGAGGCGCCAUCCACAGGAGCACCAGGCAGUGCAGCUAAUGGAACAGUACAAAUGUUCUCUUUGUGGAUAUGUAUGCAGUCACCCUCCUUCCCUGAAGUCCCAUAUGUGGAAACAUGCAAGUGACCAAAAUUAUAAUUAUGAACAAGUGAACAAGGCUAUUAAUGAUGCAAUUUCACAAAGCGGCAGGUUUCAAGGGCAGCUACCUGGAAAGACUCUAUUAGAAAGCACUGAUGAAAGUUUAGUACCUGUUCUAGAGAGUUCAGAGAACUUGAUGUCAUUUUCAGAGUCCGUUAAUAAGACUACUAAUGAAAUUUCAGGUUCUAAUGAAAAUCAAAAACUUAAUCCAACGAUUAAUACCUCAUGCAAUUUGGAAAAGAACUCCAGUCAGCCUCACCUUGGCACCGAAUACUGUGUUCUACUCUUCUGCUGUUGUAUUUGUGGGUUUGAGUCCACCAACAAAGAAAAUCUGUUGGAUCAUAUGAAAGAACAUGAAGGUGAAAUCAUAAACAUCAUUCUAAAUAAGGACCACAGUGCAAUUCAGAACUCCAACUAGAUCAAACUAUCAGCUAAAAAGAAGAGGCUUUCCUAAAAUGGGUUUUUUCUUUCUUUGCUAAUGUUGCCUGAGAUACUUGCUCAAGAGAGGAAACGCAAGUAAAAUGUACUGAUUUCCCAACUGAGUCUUUGUUGCAAUUACGGACAUAAUUUAAUUAGCUAAAACCUUUAAAUACUCCAUUUUGGGGAAACUGUGGAAUGAUCCAUCUAACCCUUUAUCCCUCCCUGUGAUGCCAAGAGUCUGGAUUUCUCAAUGCCUGGUGUUAAUCCAAAGUGCAUUAGCACAAUAAGAAAUUCAAACUCAGCAGCUAAACAAGGUAUUAGCUCAAUUCAAAAGGCUUUUUUUUUUGUGCCUUGAUAGUAUUUAGUUAAGGAUGUGAAACUCAUUUCAGGCAAUUGUUUUUCCUUCAAUGCAAAGGACAUUGGGCCAGAUACAGGUUAUGAAUUAAUGCUCACCUAAAAUUUACUGUUCAAUUCUAAGGGGUAGAUGGUGAAGUGGGUGCUCCUGAUUUAUUUUUAAGGCCUUACUCUUCCCAGCUUAACAGUUGUUUUCUGAAUAAACAGUACUGGAUGGUAUUCCUUCUGUCACUAAUAGAAAGAGCCAGUUCAAGGCAGCAGAAGCUGAGUGGCUUGAAGGCAGUAGGUAUCUUGCCAAUUAUUUAGCUAGAUCCUAAGUAAAUACAAGAUCUUAUUUUAGACAUGUUAAAUUCAUAUGACCCAUUGUUUAAUGUCUUUCUUUAAAAUAUUCAGCCAAACCUCUAAAAGCAAGUGGAUCAUGAUAUAAAUUGGCAUUUUUACUAGUGACAUUUUCAUGUCAGUACAUAAUGAGUGCUGUAAUUUUGGGGUGGGAACAGGCAAUCACCAGAAAUGUAAUUGACAAAAGGCCAGAUUUUUCAAGGUACUUAGGCCCUAAAGAUAUAGAUAGGCGCCUAGUGGGAUUUUCAAAAGCACUCGGUGCAUAGCCACUUUUGAAAAUUGCAGUAGGUGCCUACCUACAUCUUUAAGUGCCUAAGUACCUAGAAAAGUCUGGCUCUAACACUGUCUGUUGAAAUAAUUACUCAAGAGGUAUACUAAUCUUUUCACAUAAAAUGCUUCAAAUUUCACAAUAAGAGAAUUCAGCAAAAAUAAUUUCUAAGUAAAAAUUGACCUGCUUUGUGGAAACAACCUUUCCUCCGUUGCACCAAAAUAGAAAGUAACAGGAUCUAUGAUGGUUAAUGGAGUAAACAUUACUGAUGCAUGUGAUAAGGAUUCACAAAGGGAACUUGAUAAUUGCUGUCUUGUAUUUUUAAAGCAACCCUUAGAAAUUUCUUCCUUUUUAAAAACAUUUUGCUUCUAAAAUUAUAAUGCUGAUCUUUCAUGUAGUUUAAAUGACCUACAUCAGUUUAUAUGUGGAUGAGAAUUUCAGUAUGCAGGCUAAUUGCCAGGGAAUUCUGCCCAAAUCACUUGUAAAGUUGGCCCCUAAAAUUGUGUUUUAGUAUAUACUUGCUACAAAAAAAGUGUAACAUUUGAAAAGGAGCCCUUUAGCAGUCAGACUAAAACAUUCUGAUGAAGUUUGAAACAUUCAAUUUUGGUUUAAAAGUAGCUUCAAAACUGUAAUUGCAUGGAAGCAUGCCCAGUUGUUGGCAUCUCAGUUCAGUUAUCCUGGGUUAGUUGCUCAUUUGUUAAAAAUGGUUAGUACACUAUUGUUUUAAAGAGUGAUGCAGAACUUUUUUGUAUUUAUUACCUAUUUAUACAUUUUUUAGCAGAAAUAAGCUACAACUAUAGAAAUCUGAAAAGCUGGUGUAUGAGUAGCGUACAGUCUUCAUGGUGCUAUUUCUGUGUUAAUUUUCUAAGUUCUCCUGUGGACAGUGGAGCUGGUCAAACAGGAAACAAAAAGAGGAUAGCUUUUUGUAUACAACUUUACUUUUAAGAAGCAACCCAGGGUAUAAAGGCUGGAUAAAGGGCAGAGUUGUAUUUCAAGCUGUACUGGUGAUCUUUUAAAGUGGGUUUGUUUUUAAAAAUUUUGAACUUUUUCUACAUGUAAGUAGUCCUAUUAAUUUGGUUAUAAAUUAGGUUAGAUGUACAAAAGUUAUUUUAAAAAUUGGUAAAGAUCUAUCAUCAUACAGCCCAUUACACUAAUAGGUUUUACCUAUCCAUGAACUAAACAUAGUACAUUUCACAUAUUUUAAAUAAAAAUGUAAAGUAACUUCUGUAUGUUUUACAUUUUUUACUAAAAUAGAAUAUACAAGGGCCAAUCAGAAGGGAAUUUUUCAUAUUCAUACAGGCUAAUUUGACACUUUAAAAACAUGAUUACAAUGAACAAUUUCAAUCAGAGGUGGAAAAUAUUUAAUUAGGGUACUGGUGUUGUCUUAGUGACCAGUAUUGAGACCAAUAUUGUAUCCUUCCUGUAGAAUUCUGUUUAAAAAACAGGAAAUUGGGCACAUUUUUAAUAUCUGAGAUCACAGAGUGCAUUCUAACAUUCCAGAUCCUGUAUUUACAAAUCCCAUUUAUUGCAGUCAUUUGAAAAUCUGGUAAAUAUAAAAAUUUCAGAGAGGCCACAGUAAUUUGUAUUUUAAAUUCCUGUUUUAAACUCAUCGAAACUACAGUGUGCCUUGACCUUAACUUAAUUUCUUCCCAUAAUGGAUCAUGCAUUUUGAAGUUGUUACACUAAUGUAAGGUGAAGAACUUGGAGGCAUGAGCUAGAAGAUGGCAGGGAGCCCAGAUUUACAAAGUCGAACUUUUUAGUCAUGUUUUUUCUGAGUGCAGUGUUACAAUAUAAUGCAGCAAGACCCAUUGUAAUAUAUUGGAACUACAAACCAAGGUAUAGCUAUUUACAGCGUGUUCUUUACCAUCUCAUUAUUUGUGUGAGUAAUCUUUGGUUAACCAUGUGUUGUUCUAAAGCAGCAGAAGGGGGUGGGAGGGCCUUCUAAAAACUGACUAGGAUAAAUACUACAACUGCCAAGAAAUAAUUACUUGCUAGCCUGCAGAAAAUAAUCUUCAUAGAGAAAAAUUCCUUAUUGAUUGUCCCCAUGCUGCCAUCGAUUCACAUUCAAAAUUCCCCCUUGACUUUAACAGAAACUAUGAAUGUGGAAUGAUUACAGAAUCAGUUCCUGAAAGCAAGUAUUCUGAUCAUGAUACCUGCUUUGGAAAGUGUUGUGUUGAUUGGUUUGUUUGCAUGUUUUGGGUUUGUUUUAACAGCACUUUUCAGGGUUACACCAUUUCAAUGUUCCCAUUCCUUUGAGAAUUUACAAAUAUUUUGAGAUGCUACUGGCACACAGAACUAGCAAAUUAUCAUACUUGCUGUGCUAUUGGUUUUUCUUUUUAUUCAGUGACAUGGACUAUAACUUAAAGCCUUUGUUCUAGAUACCUACAAUUCUGUUAUGGAGGAAAUUCCCAUUUUCUACUCAUGAAAUAGCUGGGGAUCUAUAAUCUUCCAUUGUAGCUUUCUACUUUGUACUUGGCCUAGAAAGAGAGAUUGGGAUUCAGCCAGAGUUACUGUAUUCUCCUGUCCCAAGCACUUAUUUAAUCAUUAAAAUAAAAUAAAAAUGUACAGUGGGUGCUCAAAAGUAUUGAUGAAUAUAUUUAAUAGAAAUUUACAUUUGCGUUUGAUAUUCAUGGACAUGAGUACAUGUAUUUUUUUAAGAAAAGGUAUUGUAACACUAUGGCAGUGCUUUUUAUAGCCAAAGUUUAAAAAAAAUUAGAAAACUGACAUAAAGACUGCAGUUACUUUUGACACUGUAUCUUAUUAAAAUAGGAUGAAUUGCAUUUUAUAAAACUAUCCAGCACAUUAAGCUGCAUGCCUUAAGCUCUCUGUAGGAUUGUGUUCCUAAUAGAACAGAUUGUCUGUUUGGAACUAUGAAGCAAGUCUGUAGUACUACUUUAACUACCUUCUGAAAUACUGUACGUUACAAUAAUUUAUUUUGCUUUACAGGAAUUUGUCAUGUAUUGACUUUAAUAUUGUAUUUUGGUAAUAAACUUUUUUGUUAAACACUU